CUCCUACCUCAACUCACUCACUCACUCACUCCCUCCCUCCCUCCCUCCUUCUCACCACUAAUCUCUACCAUACCAUUCACAAUGGCUCAGGAUCGUGCUCCUCCUCUCCGUCUCGGCUCUGAGGCCCCUAACUUCGAGGCUGAUUCCUCCAACGGUCCCAUCACCUUCCACGACUUCAUCGGCGACAGCUGGACUGUCCUCUUCUCCCACCCCGAUGACUUCACUCCCAUCUGUACCACCGAGCUUGGUGCUUUCGCUAAGCUCGAGCCUGAGUUCACUGCUCGCGGUGUCAAGUUGAUCGGUCUGAGUGCCAACGGUACCGAGUCCCACCACGCCUGGAUCAAGGACAUCGACGAGGUCACCGGCUCCAACCUCAAGUUCCCCAUCAUCUCCGACCCCGAGCGCAAGGUUGCCUACCUGUACGACAUGGUCGACUACCAGGACACCACCAACGUCGACUCCAAGGGCAUGGCUCUCACUAUCCGCUCCGUCUUCAUCAUCGACCCCAAGAAGAAGAUCCGUCUCAUCAUGACCUACCCCGCCUCCACCGGCCGUAACACUGCUGAGGUCCUCCGUGUCAUCGAUGCCCUCCAGACCACCGACAAGCACGGCGUCACCUGCCCCAUCAACUGGACUCCUGGCGAUGACGUUGUCAUCCCUCCCCCCGUCUCCACCGAGGAGGCCCAGAAGAAGUUCGGCGACAUUCGCAUUGUCAAGCCUUACCUUCGUUUCACCAACCUGAAGCAGUAAAUCAAUGUCGAGUUCAGCCAAAGAUUGGAAGGAUGUUUGCAGUGGUGCAGUUCGAUUACAGGACUAGUGCUGAAACAAGGGAGGCAGAUUUGAUACGAAAGUUAUGAAAAAAAUAUGAGAUAAUAUUUUACACCCUAUGGUUCUAGAUGGGGUAGCAAGGAGUAAUUCAAAGCCGGCUGCAG